AUGCUGAAAACCGCUGUCGUCUUGUUUGUCGUGGCCGUGACCGCUGCCACCCAGGAUAAAAUAACGCCCCGCGUGGUUGAAUGGCUGCAACAAUCGUCCACCGCUAAUGUGGCUGUGUCCCUUCACCUCGCUUCCCACGUGAGCGGGCACACUAGCUUGUACAACCAUGUCAAAUGCAACACCCUCGACGCUGUUGGGGGGGCGUUUCAGUGCAAUGGCUUGACCAAGAAUGAAAUCUGCAGCAUCGCAGCCUUGCCCGAGGUCCGACAGAUCGUUUUGGUCCUUCGUGUCGAUUCCGACUACACCCCCAAGCCUGCUGACGCCCUUACGACGACUGCUGCAACCAUAAAUCUUUGCACUCCCAACAUCAUCCCCGAGCCUACCGUCACCGCGGUUGCCCCAACCACCACGGCCACCCACGAUAAAAUAACGCCCCACUUGGCUCAAUGGCUACAACUAUCGUCCACCGCUAGUGUGGCUGUGUCCCUUUCCUUCGAUCCCCACGUGCACGCUAGCUUCAAGAACAAUGCCAAAUGCUUCAGCAUCGACAAUCUUGGUUCGUUUCAGUGCAAUCGCUUGAACAAGAAUGAAAUCUGCAGCAUCGCAGCCUUGCCCGAGGUCCGACAGAUCGUUUUGGUCCUUCGUGUCGAUUCCGACUACACCCCCAAGCCUGCUGACGCCCUUACGACGACUGCUGCAACCAUAAAUCUUUGCACUCCCAACAUCAUCCCCAAUCAUACGACCGCUGCCGCUACGCCUAGCGCGUGUGACAAACCUGUGGAGGACGUGGAUUACGAAGGCAACGACAUCACGUCCACCCAACGCUCCAACAGCGACGAGUGCUGCGACGACUGUACCAAGACUCCUGGCUGUGUUGCGUACGUAUGGACCGCUUGGAACGACGGCACAUGCUUCUUGAAGUCGAAAGCUGACAAGUCUGUUCCUAAGGAGGGCACUAAGGCUGCCAAGGUCGUGUUUUAA